AUGGCCCAAGCUGAAUUUUUGAAACUAUUGGUCAAGUCUUUGGGAAUGAAACCACAUUUGAAACCAUUGGGUGCUCUGGGUUCUUACCCAGUAGUGGAAGGUGUGGUGGGUCACCCUGUGACACUGCCAUGUACUUACUCAACAAAUGGGGGAAACACUACUGCAUGCUGGGGCCUUGGCGAAUGUAAAUCUGUUUAUUGUGCUAGAACCCUUAUCUGGACCAAUGGAUAUCAAGUCUCCUAUCAGAGGAAGAGCCGAUACCAGCUAAAGGGUCAUAUUUCAGGAGGAAACGUGUCCUUGACAAUAGAGAAUGCUCUUCAGAGUGACAGUGGUCCAUAUUGUUGUAUAGUGGAGAUCCCUGGAUCUUUCCGUUAUGUGACCUAUUCCUUGGAAAUUAAACCAGAAAUUUCGACAAGUCCUCCAACAAGACCCACAGCUACAGGAAGACCCACAACUACAGGAAGACCCACAACUAUUGGAAGAAUAACCAUGACUAUUUCAACAAGACUCACCCAUGUACCCAUAUCACCCCGAGUCUCCACCUGUAUUCCUCCAACACCAAUACAUAGAUAA